AUGCUACGACCUUAUCCAAUUAUUUUUGUUCUUUUCAUCACAUCAGCAUUAUCAAACAAUAAUAGUGAUACUGAUAUUCUCUAAUUCACUAAUACUAGAAAUUAAAUAUGCUUACACAUUCAAUAUUGUAAUACUAAAUAUCAUCAUCAUCUAGUUGAUAUCACAGAUUCAUAAAGAUAAUCUCUUUUCGAUUCCAUUUCUUCUGAAUAGGAUUAAGAACCCUCAACUCAAGUCGAAAAAUGGAUUAAUAACAGCUAUCAAAUCUCUUCUGAUGAUUAUUUUAUAGAUCUCUAAUAUUACACACUUCCUUGGCUGAUUAUUGCUAUUUCAACUUUAUUUUUAUCCCUGCUCUAUAUUUUGGUAACGAUAAUGCCAACGUAAACUAUUAAUACCAUAUCAUAGUUCAAUAAUCAAAUGGAUUAAAUCACAUACAGAAGAUGAAUUCAUUUUAAAUACAAAGAGAUGUCAUAAAUUUGGGAUUGUUACCAUUGUUAUUUUGAAUCUACUUCUUAUAAUCAUUUCCAUUAUCAUAUUAGUAAUUUUUUUUUAUAUUUCAGACCUAUUAAAAUAAAGCUAUUGAUGGAUUAGAUUAUUCAAAUUGUUAUUUGGCUUCACCUUUUGAUGAAUUAUUAGUACGAAAUGAUGAAAAUUUUACUGGAUAUAGUAUUUUAUAAGCUGAUUUCAUUUCAUUAUAAAAUGACUUCAUAGAUUUCUAAUCUAAUUUGAAAAAACUAUAUUAAAAUAGAGAAUCCAUUACUCUACAAUUAAAAUAAUAAGAGAUUUUGGACUUUAAUGAUCAGUAAAUUUUUAUAUAAGAAUAGACUUUAGAGAAAUAAACCUAAUUCUCCUCUUCCUAUUAAAACCUCUUCAAAUGGUACUAAUAUCAUCUCAGCUACAGAAUCCUAUUUCUCGAAAAUGAAAAUUGUAAAUUUUCUUAUUAUAAAAUGAAUAGAUUGAUUACUUAUUGUCUUCAAAAGACGAUGAAAAUCAUCUAACUUAUCUUGAAUCUUAUGAAUUAGUAAAAAAAGAAUAAAGUGAGAUGUAUUUGGCAAGUUAAGUGGACGUAAUCCAAAAUUAUUAUGGAUAGAUUUUUUAGAAAUUUGGUUCUUUGGAGAAUUCAUCAUUAACUCUAAGGGAUUCCAAAUUUACAUCAUUAUUCAUUAAAGCUAAGUAAUAAUUAUCAUAAAUCAAUAACCAUAUAUUAAAUUAUGCUAAUAAAUUUGUUGAUUUCCAUUAAACAUUAAGUAAUGAUAUGAAUUAUUACUUUCGUUCCACUAUGGGCUUUUUAAUCACUUUAAUCAUAUUCAGUUUCAUUGAAAUAAGUUUAUGGUUAGGUUAUCUAAUAAAUAAACGAUUAAAAAUUAAAAAAUAUAUUGAUGUCCUUUGGUUUUUAUGCAAUCUUAUAUUAGUUGGAAUCUCAAUUAUAAAUAUUUUCUUAUAAUCCAAUUCAUAAAUAUCAAAUAAACUAUGUAUCUAUUUUGAUAAUAUUAUACACAAUGAGUAAUUCUAUGAUAAUCAAAAUAUAAUUGAAUUUUCAGAAGCUAAAGAAAGUAUUCAUUCUUGUCUAUAUGGUGAUGGAAAUAUCUAUUAAUAAUUAAAUUUUGUAUCAAGAUUAAAAGAUAUUAAAACAUUUACCAUUAAUGAAAAUGAAGUCAAAGAAGAAAUUUAAAAACUAAAUUUAAAUUAACCCAUAUAUAUCUAAAAAUUAAAUAAUAACUCUCAAACUAUAACUUAAAUUUUAGAUGGUACAUUUAUAGAUUUAAAUAUAUAUGAAAUGAAAGAGUUCUAAAUUUUAAUUGAUGAUUUUAAUUAAUAUAAAGAAUUAGAAAAUUGUGCAGAAUUAUCAACAACAUUAUGUUCUGAUGGAGGUUAUCCAAAAAAAAAUGGAGAAAUCAAUGAUUCUCAAAUGUGUUGGCAUCCUUCAUAUCUUAUUAAUAAAUAUUCUGCAUCAUGUUGGGAUUAGUAAGAUGUAUUUAUAAAAAUUAAAUUACAUUUCUAAAGUUAAGCCUAAGGAUGGAUUAAAUUUUAAUUGUUAGAAUCUUAAUUUGUAUCUUAAAACUUAGAUUUAAAUUAUGAAUUAAAUCAAUAUAUUAUUAGUCAUGUAUAAUUUAUUGAUUAAUAACAAAAAACAAUAUCUAAUUUGAAUAGCUUACUAAAAGCAACAAAUUGUACAUUCAUUAAAGUAAUUAUUUAUUAUUAAUAAUAAUUUAGGAAGACUUUAAUAAAAUGUUAGAUGGAAUGUGUGCAGUAUAUUCAUACUAUCUCGGUAAAAUUUCAAUACUCAUGAUUAUCAUCAUAUUUGCACUAUUCCUUUCCGUUUUAUUAAAUUGUCUCACUUCUCUAAAGGUUUCUUAGAUGGAAACAUACGAAGAAUAUGCUUCAACCAAAGUUAUUAAUUUUGCUGGGUCAAGUAGAUUUAAAGCAUCAAUUGAAAUUAAUAAAAUAAUGCAAAAUGAAAGUCCUAUGCAUGUUAAUAGUACAUAAUAAGAAUUCAAAUGA